AUGAUAUAUGCUCCGAGGUCGACAUUGGGCAGAAUUCAAGAUCAGCACCUUACUGCUGCUGCACGACUUGGCGGCAUCAAGAUUGACGAACAAUUUUAUCAGACGAGCCAUAGGCCAGGAACAUAUUCUCGCCUGCUACGAGUUGAGUGGGCGCAGCAAAAGGAUCUCAAUGAAGAAGCGAAAGCUCAAGUGUUCCUCGUUGCUGAGAAAAGAUCUACAGCCAUGGCUCAUCGCACUGCUCGCAAGAAACACCACAUCCUUAACAACAAUUCGUCGCAGGAUAUGACUCGGUGGCCAGCCGAGGCAUUAGAGACAGUAUCAUCCAACACAACAGGCUCAGACAGUGAUGGAUCAGAGACUGCUUCAGAAACAGAUAGUAGCGACACAACUCUCCAAAUACUCCCUGAGGUCAAGAAGGCCGUUCAAGGACCUCAAGGGCUUCAGUAUCUGAUCUCAUCACUUGUCACCCCCGACUUUGGAGUGGAUGAUGCGCGUCAACUCUGUCUACGAAUCCAUGGCAAGCUAAUAUCAUCGACCGAAGACCUUAAACACGUUCAUCGACUUCUUUGUCGCAAGACUUCUGGACUACGCAGCAACGAAGAAGUGGGCAUCAUCCGGAUCAUAAUAGAUAUCGCUCUGCGAUACUAUAAGCAAGUUCACGUGCCCACAUCGUCGAGCAAGAUUGCAGGUCUCACCAUGCAAGGCAAAAACCCCAUGCACAGGAAAUGCAAUAUCUGCGGCACACAGCUACUUGAUGAUCCUUUCCCCAGAUUCAAGAAGACCGAUCCAACACGAUACGUAGCUCGAUAUCUAAAGGGUGGAUGCGGUAUGGCAACCUGCAAGGCGCAAGGAGACAAUGCAUGGGCUGUUCCGAGCGAUGAUUCGAUUCCAUGGUGUCUAGCAGAUGCGAACGCUCUUAAACGAGUACCGCGGCGAGCUGCUUGGAGCGAUUUCCUACUCCGUAAAGGAGACCUCUCAACUGACCUCGCUUACUCUAUACAAUGCAUCUGUCGGGGCUGCAACAGCGCAGAAAGCAUCGUUAUGGAUAGUAGUGCGCGGUGGACGAUUGAGACUUUGCCUCGAUACAUUCCAAGAAAACCGCGGUGCACUGUCUGCAAGAAAUCGACAACUUGGAAGCCUGUUGAUGCUUCUAUCGAAUGGCUUGACGCCGCUGCUUUAUCGAAAAAAUGGACACAGAUUUGCAAGGAGCAGUGGUCGAUAGAUGAGGUGUUGAAGACUCCUGAUAGGUUCUUCUCAUGUCGUGCAAAUGCGGAUUGA